AGAGAGAGAGAGAGAGAGAGAGAGGGGAGAGAGAGAAUCAGAUUCUUCUGACAGAUUUCAUACAGAUAAAGGGGUAAAGGACACUGCAUUUUUGCAUAGCCUGUUAGGAUUGUCGUCCAAACAGUCUGUUAGAACUGUAUAUAUUAUAUAUACAUACAUGCAUAUGUGUAUACAUACAAAAACAAAUCAAUCAAUCAAUCAAUCCCAGAAAAAAUUCAAAAAAAAAAUGGGUGGAGAUCAAAUAGCAGGUUCAGAGGAAGGAUUUGAUUGGCUGAGAACCCUAGUCAACAACAACCCAUGGGAGUACUGUGUCAUCUGGAAGUUAGGUGAUGAUCCUUCAAGAUUUAUUGAGUGGGGGAGCUGCUUCUGCAGCGGUGCGGAGAUUAGGGUAAAGGAUGAAAAGGGUUUGCAGAAGAAGCAGUUUUCAUUUGGUGAAUGCAGAGAUUAUAAGCUGAUUAAGCACCCCAUUAGAACUCUUUCUUGCACUUAUCUUGCUCAGUUGCCACCUGUCAUUCCUUUGUAUUCUGGGAUUCAUGGGGAUGUUGUGAUUUCCAAAAGGGCAAGAUGGACAUUUCACAACAAUCCAUCUGCUUCAGAUGAUCAACCAAACGGAACCCAAGUUCUUAUCCCAGUUGCCUGUGGUUUGAUAGAACUCUUCAGCACAAAGCAUGUACAGAAAGAUCAGAAGAUAAUAGAUUACAUUUGUGGUGGAUUUAAGCUCUGUUUCAAACAACCAAACAUGUCUGAAAAUCCUCAUACAAAUGACUAUUUACAAAAAUGCCACUUCCUCAACUUUGUUCCCCAACCAAACAACAACAAUUAUUCCAGCUUCGAAGGAUCUUCCACUUGUUCGAGUCUUUCGAACGAACCCAAACUAAACUCCGAUAGCGUUGUGCUCACCAUGUUGCCUCAAGCUCCUCCGAAAAUGAAACGGAAAAAAUCGUGUACGGAUUCUGCGUUAGCUCGUGUGAACGAGAAAAACGGGGCGAAGAUUGCGCAGAAACCGGAAAAGGGCGUUUUCAAGUCGAAGAAUCUUGUGACCGAGAGGAACCGAAGAAAGAGGAUCAAAGCUGGAAUGUUUGCUCUUCGUUCGUUGGUCCCCAAAAUCACAAAGAUGGAUAGAGCUGCAACGUUGGGUGAUGCGGCUGAUUACAUAGUGGAAUUAUUGGAGACGAUCGAAAAUUACGAAGAUGAACUCAAAGCAAUGGAAGAAGAGGAGUAUUUCGAUAAAGUUAGUUUCGAUGAACUCAAAUCUGCCGAGAAAAAGAAGGAAGGUCCUAGUGAUCAAAUGACACCAAUAAAGGUACAAGUUGAAGUGAGUCAACUCGGUACGAGAGAUUUCUUGGUGAAACUUGUGUGCAAGCAAAAGCGAGGCGGCUUCUCGAGGUUGAUGGAAGCCAUGGAUUCUUUGGGAUUACAAGUUACAGAUUCAAACGUCACCACAUUUAAUGGAUCGGUUUUGACUGUUCUCAAAGUGGAGGCUAAAACAAUGGAGGUAGAGCCGAAUAGUUUGAAGCAUUUGUUGGUCCAGCUGAUAAGUUAGACAAUCGAAUGUCGAAUGUUUCAAGUGGAAGAUGGAUAAAUAGUUUUCGUUGUUUUUUUCUAUUUAAAUUUGUGUCUGCGUAUUCGAUGAACAGUUUCAUCGAACAUCUACGUUAUAUGUAACACACACUUUAAAUUCUCAAUGUAUCCGUAUUUCGGAAAUGUUUUG